AUGAAGACUGAGGAAGAAGAGGAGCAAUACAACAAACCCAGAUGGCGUUAUCCUAAACCAAGCUGGAAAAAAACCUUCUCACCACCAACUAGCAACAAGAAGUCCUUCGUCCAAUCACAGGACAACGUGAGCAAUGAGGUCAUCGCUCCAGAAGAAGCAACGGAUCAGGAUGGAACCACCGGAUAUUGGAGAUGUUCCAAACCAAAUGGAUCUGAAGACACCAGCUGGAGGCAGAGCUGCUGCUCCCAGUUCGCCCAGUUCCCCCAGUUCCUCAUUCAAGACGUCUACUGGAAGCUGAGACGACUCGAGGAGGAAGAUGACCCCCUGCCCCCCCCUCCCUGCUCCUCUGUUGCCGUGGAGACGGUCGGCAGGGGAACGGACUUGGCGUGCGUCGUGUGUUUCGGCAGCUACGACUUGCUGACGCGGUUGCCUCGGCGACUCCACUGUGGCCACGCCUUCUGCCAGGCGUGUCUGAAGAGACUGGACACGGUCAUCAACGAGCAGGUGUGGAUUCCGUGUCCCCAGUGCCGGCAGAAUACGCCGCGGCCGCGCGGUGGCGCCGCUGGUCUGGACCUGGACCUGGCAUCGUUCCUGGCGGUGAAAGCCCAGCAGACCUUCAUCUCCUGCUCCUCUUCCUCACAAAGCCCCGCCCCCAGGGGCGGAGCUUCAUCCGGCGACGGGAAGCUUUGGCUGGGGAAGGAAACUCCCGACGACGGCUGGCGGCACGGCGGCCUGGCGGAGCCGCGCUUCCAUCGCUACGUCGACUGCUGCCCGGCGCCGUCCUGCUGGCACUGCUGCUGGUUCUGCUGCCCCGGCCGAGGCUGACACACUGGACCGGAACCGACCCGGCUCUGGAGGAGGCCCAGUUCUGAUGUUCAUUCUAUAUUUCCUGGUUUUCUCUCAGUUCUGUAUCAGAACCGGGUCGCCGUGA